GGAGCGCGGGGAGCGCGGGCCGCCGGCCGCCCCCGCCCCCGCGCCGCCCGCGCGCAACAGUUCCCCCAAAGUUGCAGCCCGGGAGGCGGGCGCGCCCGGGGCGCAGCCGGCCGGGGCCGCGGCCUCGGGCCCAGCGCGGAGAGUCGCGGCGGGCGGCGGCGGCAUGGGCACCCGGCAGACCAAGGGCAGCCUGGCGGAGAGAGCCAGCCCCGGCGCGGCGCCCGGCCCUCGCCGCGAACGGCCGGACUUCUGGGCGUCGCUGCUGCUGCGCGCCGGGGACAAGGCGGGGCGCGCGGGCGCCGGCGCGGGGCUGCCCCCCUACCAUCGGCGCGUCGGCAUGGUCCAGGAGCUGCUGCGGAUGGUGCGCCAGGGCCGGCGGGAGGAGGCGGGGACGCUGCUGCAGCACCUGCGCCAGGACCUGGGCAUGGAGUCGACCUCGCUGGACGACGUGCUGUACCGCUACGCCAGCUUCCGGAACCUGGUGGACCCCAUCACGCACGACCUCAUCAUCAGCCUGGCGCGCUACAUCCACUGCCCCAAGCCGGAAGGUGACGCGCUGGGCGCCAUGGAGAAGCUGUGUCGCCAGCUGACCUACCACCUCAGCCCCCACUCCCAGUGGAGGAGGCACCGGGGGCUGGCGAAGAGGAAGCCACAGGCCUGCCUCAAAGCCGUCCUGGCCGGCAGCCCUCCAGACAACACGGUGGACCUGUCCGGCAUCCCGCUGAGCUCCCGCGACCUGGAGCGUGUGAGCAGCUACCUGCAGCGCUGCGGGGAGCAGGUGGACAGUGUGGAGCUGGGCUUCACGGGCCUCACCGACGACAUGGCCCUGCAGCUGCUGCCCGCCCUCAGCGCCCUGCCCCGCCUCACCACGCUGGCGCUCAACGGCAACAGGCUGACCCGGGCCCUGCUGCGCGACCUCACCGACGCCCUCAAGGACCCCAGCAAGUUCCCCCACGUCACGUGGAUCGACCUGGGCAACAACGUGGACAUCUUCUCCCUGCCCCAGCCCUUCCUGCUCAGCCUGCGCAAGCGCUCCCCGAAGCAGGGCCACCUGCCCACCAUCCUGGAGCUGGGCGAGGGCCCAGGCGCUGGGGAAGAGGCCCGGGAGGGGACUCCUGCCACAGACCACCAGGAGGGCAAGGAGGCCGUGGCUCAGACAUGAGACAGCAGAGGGGUCUCGCCACCUUCGCCCCGGUGGGGCGGGGCGGGAUGGCUGAGGACGGCUCCUAUCAGGAGGCCACAGGAGGCAGGCUGUAGCAUCGGGGAGAAGGGGAAUUCAUGUAAUAACACCAUUGGUUCUCCCUUUUCAGUCCCAUUACCUGCCUUGAGGCUCCGGAGGUCCCAGGCACCUACCCUUCCGGCUCAGCCCUCAGCCACCCUCAACCGGGCUGUGGCUGAGAUGCUGCCCAGGGACCUUUCCAAUUCUGCAUGUCCCCUGGGGAAGCAAACGCCAGCCAGAUGCUGACCACAUCCCUCCCACCCCUCCUCCCUGAGGAGGGUUACAAUCUUUAGCUUGCAGAAUGAGGGGGAAGGCUUCCACAGGGAGCCCUGUGUCCUUGCCAAGCAGGCAGACCUGCCAGGCGGGCCCUUCUCCCAGCAUCCCUUCCCAAACCAGCCAUUCCUUGAGCACAGUUCCCAGCAGUCAGAGAAGGCGAAUAACCUGGGGCCUCCCUGGAACCCAACUCAGCAAAGGGCAUCUGCCCUCCAGCGGCCCCUCCCCCACUCUCCCAAAUCCCAGGCCAAGCCCUGGGAGCCAGGUCAGGGGACUGGGAGCCAGUUGUCAUCAGGCCAGACCAGCAGUACAGGUUCUCAAUGGGUGAACCGCAGCACUGUAGGCAAGUGUGGGGAGGACUCACGGGCAGAGAGCUGUGAAAGGUGUGUUGCAGCCAAGUCAGGAUUGGAUUGGAACCGGUUGUGUAGAUGCCUUAAAUGCUUCGGAAUUUUUGCCCUCAGUCUCAAGUGGCUAAGAGGGGGAGAGCAGCCCAGGCUGACCCAAAGUUUACAAGCUUGAGUGCUAAUAACUGGACUGUUAAUACCUGAUAGCAGUAAUCAGAGCUAACUUUUUCUUCAAAUACACAUUUUUAAGAACCAACAACAAUGACCCCCCUUUAUUAUGGCAUUGGUUAAUGGUGACUUCUAGAGUUUUGAGAAAAAUGUAACCACAGUCAGUUUAUCACACUAAGUUUAUUGAAGUGCAGAAGGCACCCCUGUUAGGCAGCUCAAGGAGCAACACCGGCCCUGUGUGCUGGCCUCACACCACCCCCGAGUCACUAGGCGUGCAGCAUCUCCACUGCUGGCGGCAGCCGGUCCUUGGGCUCAGCAUCCUCCCGGGACAGCCUGCAGAGAACGACAUUUCAGUCCCCCUUCCUGCUCCAGCAGCCAACAGCCACUCCCAACACGGAAGAUAUCUUCAGAAGACCUUGGGCUCACCACCACACAAUCUGCCGGUAAUUCCAGCUAUUUUUCGGUGAUUUCAUCAUUGAUAUCCUUUUCUUGAACUAGCUGCUCAUUCCCCCAUUCUGCCAGUAAGCAGGGUCAACACUGUGCGUACUCACCUCUCGCGCGGAGCAGAAGCCACUGCCAGCCCCCGAGUUCCCUGCUGCAAAGCCUGGGAGGAGAGAAGGCACGCGCUCAAAACAAGACAGCACGGAGCCUGGAGCAGACCCGCUGACAGCAGCCUCGACCUGCCGCUCUGGGGGACCUGUCCCCUCCACCGAGUUCCAUCCUCUUCCCAAACCCGAGGUUUUCUUUUCCCGGACAGCUGUGUCCCACUCAGCAGCCAAGAGGCCAGACGGCAGCUCCCCUCCCUGGCUCUGGGCGCCACGCUGCCCCAGCCCACCCGGGACCCAGCCCUCUGGAUUUCACCCAAUCAAACACCAGCAUCAAGUAGCACGAACCACUAACGGCUCCGCAGAUACACUUACCGCGUGACGGGGGGAGGGGCGGGGCUGCAGCUCCAGCCCUCGGCGGCUUGCUGGUGCUGUAGCGUGGAACCUACGUGAACACGCCGCCACGUUAGGUCACAGGCCAGCCCGGGCUCGGCCCUGGCCAGCGGCAGACUUGGGGACUGCAAUCAGCCAGGAGCAUUCUCGUCAGUUGUCGCUUCUGACGGCACUUCCUAAGAGUGAUCUCAUCACAGCAGUCCCCGCGGCUGCCCCAGCCGAGCCCUAACUGCCUUAGGGACCCAUCAGACCCCACUUAUGCAAGAUCCCCGCUGCCCAGAGCUCCACAGCCGCCCUAGGUUCCGCACCCACUACGGGAUAACCCAUGGCCUCGUGCAAAUGCCCAACCCAGUGCCCCCGAGCUGCCGACCACUAGGCCCCGCACUAGGGCUUACCUCACGCUGGGAGGCUGCGCCUACCUUGGGUUCUCGGCGCCACCUAAAGACGGGAAGACAGGCGUCAGGGGCUAAGGCAGUUACCCAUGCAUGCAACUAAAUCCGAGGUUUCAGCGACUGCGCUCAGACGGCUACGGGCAUCGUCAGUUAUCGCCUCUGACGGCACUUCCUAUUACUGGUAUCAUCAGGUCAGUCGGCCGAAGUCUUCCUCGCCUACCGCCCCCGGUGCACCCCCAACUGCGGGCAGGGCCCCCAAACGCACCCACCUUUCUCGGGUUUCGCGCACUCCUCGUGUUUUCUUCUAGGACCGCAGGCUCCCCGGGCGGUGGCUGUACCGGACACGCACGUGACCCCUCGGACACCCGGCGCGGCGCCCACCGCGGGGCCCACGUAGGGUCAGGAGCUGGGGGUACACUGUUACUACAGCUGCCCCCUCCCCGUGAGCCAAGCCUUCCGGAAGCAUUUUCUCAGGAAUCAGAAGGCGUUAGCGCGUCGCCCCCGCCGCCAGGCACCAGCUACCGCCAGCAACACAGCCCACCUCCGCGAAUAGCGAAAA